AUGGCCUUCAACCUCAACCGCCUCCGCUCCUUCCUCCCACCCCUCCCCACCUGGGAACCCAAAGAGGGCGAAGACUACGACGGCGACAAUGACCCCGACGGUCCCUCCACGACAGGAAGCAUCGAUCCCGACGCGAUCGAACAACGCGAACCCAUAACGAUGGAACUCGCCGAACCGGCGCCCAUCGGUUCCGGUCCCAAGUCCAACCUGGACCUCAUAAACGAAUGCGAUAACUUCCCCUACUACCAGACCGAUCCCAAGAAGUUCUUUGCACAUAUCAACACGUACUAUGCAUUAUAUGUAAGAGGGUAUCCGGAGACGGAGUUGGGAUAUGUGUUGCCGAGUGUUGCCGAGGUGUUCAGGGGAUUGCCCGAUUGGAAGGUUGAGGAUUCGGAUCGGAGUUUGACGUUGAUUUCCGGGUCGAACGAGGAGGAGAGAUCUGCGAUCGUGCAAGCUACCGUGAAAGCGAUGCAUGCGACGGGACAUUUCAAGGUUCUGUCGAAAUGGCGGGACGAGCUAUACCCCGUAUACGGGCCUAAGGGCGAAUUGAUGUUCAGUAUGGAGAGGAGCGCGAGUGCACUGUUUGGCAUUGUGACGUACGGCGUACACAUGACCGCAUAUACGAGGAACGCGGAGGGGGAGAUGAAGCUGUGGGUUCCGAGAAGAGCAGCGGAGAAACAGACGUACGGAGGGAUGCUGGACAACACCGUUGCGGGAGGUAUAGCGACGGGCGAGAGACCAUUUGAGAGCUUGGUGCGGGAAUCAGCAGAGGAAGCCAGUCUACCAGAAGAACUUGUGCGAAAGGGGGCAAAGGCCGCUGGAACGGUCACAUACUUCCACAUUCGAGAUCACAGGGCUGGAGGGGAGACGAGGCUGUUGCAGCCAGAGUGCCAAUUCGUUUACGAUCUGGAGCUAUCUGAGGAUGUGGUGCCAAAGCCUUCGGAUGACGAAGUGGAAGGCUUCGAGCUGAAGACGGUGGAAGAAACCAAGCAAGCGCUUCGAGACGGGGAGUUCAAGCCCAACUGUGCGCUGGUGUUGCUCGAUUUCUUCGUUCGGCAUGGCAUCCUGACGCCGGAGACGGAUGAGGGGUAUAUCGAGAUUGUGGCUCGUCUGCAUCGGAGGCUGGACUUCCCGACGCAAGCGCGUAUGCCGUAG